GUCGCUGACGGGCGGAGUAUAAAAUCGGAACCGAAAAGCAAGAAAAAAAUCGGAAUUGCAGACGGAAACUGACUGAAUCCCAAAUCGGGAAUCUCAAGCGGUGGGAAAAAUGUGCUAGAGAAGAUGUGCUGCGAGACGAAGGCCCAUAAAUUGCGGCGGAAUCAAAUGAGUUUUAUUCAAUCAACGAAGAAAGUCCGCCCACCAACGGAAGUGCUAUAUAUAUAGAGACUACGCGAGCUACGUUCGACAACAUCCCAAAUAAACUAAGCGAAAAGCCUCUUCCGACAAUGGGCAAGGAUCAGGAGUUCCUGGAGGCGGCGCGCAAUGGCAACAUCUCGCACAUCGAGAAGGUGCUCACCCAAAAGGCCAAGAGAGCCGGACCGCUGGCCAGUUUGCGACGUGGAACUGGGGUGAAUUUCCAGGACAGUGGUGGCUCCUCGGCCCUGCAUCAUGCCUGUCUGAAUGGCCACGAGGACAUAGUUCGACUGCUGCUGGCCCACGAGGCCUCACCAAAUCUGCCUGACUCCCAGGGAUCUUCGCCUCUUCAUUUGGCCGCCUGGGCUGGCGAAACGGAGAUUGUGCGACUCCUGCUGACACAUCCCUAUCGACCGGCCAGUGCCAGUCUGCAGACCAAGGACAAGGAGACCCCGCUGCACUGUGCCGCCCAGCAUGGACACACGGGAGUCCUGGCCCUGCUCCUGCAUCACGAUGCGGAUCCCAAUAUGCGCAAUGUGCGCGGGGAAACCCCUUUGGAUUUGGCCGCACAAUAUGGCCGACUGCAGGCGGUCCAAAUGCUGAUACGUGCCCAUCCGGAAUUGAUAGCCCACCUGGGCACAGAGGCCUUGGAACGGGGCACCCCGUCGCCCUCGUCGCCAGCAUCCCCUAGCCGGGCCAUCUUUCCGCACACCUGUCUGCAUUUGGCCAGUCGAAAUGGCCAUAAAAGCGUCGUCGAAGUCCUUUUGUCCGCCGGCGUCAGUGUGAAUUUGCUAACUCCUUCGGGAACUGCUCUGCAUGAGGCAUCGCUGUGCGGCAAGGAGAGUGUGGUGCGGACUCUCCUAAAAGCUGGCAUCAAUUUGGCCGCCACCGACAGCGAAGGACGCACCGCCCUGGAUAUUCUGCGCGAAUUUCCACCGCAUGUCACCAAGCACAUUGUGGCUGUGAUCAACAACUUUCGUAACCAAAUGGACACCGAUGAGGGCGACGAGGUGAUCUACAGGCAACACUCGGGACCACCGAAUUCAGGACGUGGCCAGGGCAAACACCAUUCGCAGCAGCAGCAGGCCCACAGCAAUCACUACCAUUUCAACUCCAACAAUCACUUGCUGAAUCACUCACACUCGAUGCAGCAGUCAGGAUACAGUAAACAGCGGCUGAGUGCCGGAAAUGGUGGACCCUACAAUGGAGGAAAGUCCUUGGACAGUGCCCUCCAGCCGGAGGAUCGUUUCUACCAGGAUCUCAAUGCGCACUCCCCUCUGCAUAGUCAGAAUGAAAUGGUUGGCGGCUACAGUGUGAGUCCCUCCUCUUCGCUGAGCAGCUUUGAACCGGCUUCGGUGUCACCCAGAUCCCGUUGCUCCACCGGCGGCCUUGGCCAGCCAAUGCAGAUGAGCACUUUUGCUCCAGCAGGACCUCCCAAAAAGCCCCCAAGACGCAACCUCUCCGUGUCACCAACCCAUGCCGGACCUGGCCAGCAGUUCAGCUACAGCUCCCCAUCCAGUCAGAGCCAAAGUCAGAGCCAUGGUUAUGGUCAUGGUCAAAACCAGAUGCGUCGUCAGCCACCCAGUGAUAGUCCGUAUUCCCAUCAGAGCCAUGGAAGUGUUGGCGGGAUGAGUUUCGAUGAGACGCAGAUGAGGGAAAGACAGCGCAAUGAUCGUCUUUAUGCCAGUGCCAGGCAGAGCACAAGAUCAGCCAUCGCCGGAGAAUUGAGCCUGAGUUCAAGCAAUGACAUGUUGGAUCGUCAGUGCAGCAGCUCGGAAUUAAAUAGCGAGACGAGUGUCCCGAAUUCUAGCGGGGAUUCACCUGCUACCAACUCCAUGAAGCGACCAAUUCCAGCUCCUCGAAGUGCCACCACCAAGCUUUCCAAGGAACUAUUGAAAUCCGCAGAAAGUGCCACCCUCAAGUCGUAUAAUCCCAAUCGAAAACUAAAGCGCAAUCGAAACAGCAGUGGUGCAAGUGCGGCGGCCAAAUCCAACGGUGGCGACGAGAACUUUGAGGCCAAGCAGCAGAUCCCCAGCAGUCCCACCCACUACAAGCAGCCACCCACGCCGGAUCACCCGCCGCCGAGCUCUAGCCAGGCGGAGCGGACCAUUCACGAGCGGAUUCGACCGCUGAGCCAGGAGUACAAGCGUCGAUCCGCUCUGCUCCAGCUGCAGGCGGCCCAGCAGCUGAUGAUCGAGACGGGCUCCUCGCCAUCGAAACUGCUGCCCACGCUGAGUACGCCGGGCUAUGAUUACGACGAUACGGUGACGGUGGUGCCCCGCUGCCCAGCUCCCUCCUCCGGAUCCCUGAGCUCCAGCAUCUCGUGCUCGGAUCACAGUCUCUCCCAUUCCACCGACUAUGUGGAGGAGUUUGUCAGCGACGUGCCCUUCGCGGGGCUGCUUAAGGGCGCCUCUCAGCUGCCCCUUCUCAAGGAGCAGUGCGAGCUGAAAAUCCAGGAGGUGGAGAACAAGCCACAGCAAACUCUGCCCAGAGUGCGUCCGCCCAUUCCCAUCAAGCCGGCGGUGCCGGAGAGAAAGUUUGUGAAGCCGCCGACGACGCCAACCAAUCAACCGGCGGAGGCCAAUGGGAAUUCCUCGGGCGAGGUGGUAAUCAAACCGCCAAGAUCACCCUCCAAAUCCCCUUCCAAAUCCUCUGGCAAAUCGCCUGCCAAAUCACCCGCAAAAUCUCCAGGAAGUGGUCAGUCUGCGGCAAGAAAUUCCAUAAAUCUCCUGAGUCCUUUUAAUGCGGAGGAGGCACGCAAGAAGAUCUCCGAGAUUAUCGAGAACUUUGGCAGCGGCAUCCUGAACACCAGCAUAACGCCCACCCACGACAUCGAGCUGGACUUUGAGGACAUGGAAGUGCCCAAUGAGCGAAGGGAACUGGCCACACGUCUUCGCUCCGCAGGAUUACUUCACCUGGAAAGGAUGCUCUUUGAGAAUGGUUAUGAUAACUACAAGUUUGUGCACAAUGUAUUUGAGGAGCCCGAUAUUCCGCUGCUGCACAUUCCCGAACGCGAUGCGGCCAAAUUGCUGCGUUUUGUUCAAAGUCUGCCGCCGGCGGAGUUCCAGCCGCAGGUGCCGCUGAAGACGCAGCAGGAGAACAAGCAGAUGGGCGUGGCCACGCUGCAGCAGUGGCUUAACACCAUUGCCCUGCCGGAAUACCUGGAGUUCUUCAACAAACAUCUCUACAACACCAUCGAGAGCGUGUGCGGAGUUUGGGAUGUGGAGCUGCAGACGGUGCUGGAGAUCAACAAGCUGGGCCACCGGAGACGCAUCCUGCAGUCGCUGGCCUACAUCCGCCAGAUGCGCGACAGUGACUCCAAGUCGCUGAAGACGCCGCUGGGCGAAAACAACGAAACCAACCAGCUGACAACGAAUGGCAAUGGAACCGUCAGGGAGGCUCCUCCGCGGAUACCCGCCAAUCCCGUGCAUCACCGCAACUCCAUUACGGGCUAUCGCAAGAGUCGACCCGCACCACCGCCACCGGCUCCACCAGCUAGAAAGACGCCCGCUCUGCAAAUAAGGGCUCCUUCGGAGCUUCUGCUGGGUCUUCCGGCCAAUCUACGGACCACCGAAUGGCGCCACUCGGCGCAGACUUUGCUCAACGAGCACAUCAAUUACGAGGUUCAAUACCUCGGCUCAACGGUUGUGAAAGAACUACGUGGCACAGAGUCCACCAAGAAGUCCAUACAAAAGCUGAAGUCCUCAGCUGAAGGUGAAGGCAAAUCGGGGUCACCACUCUCGCUGGCGAUUAGCCAUCGUGGAGUGGAGUUCAACGAUGUGAGCAGUAAGCGCACCAUUUGCGAGCAUGAGAUUCAGAACAUCAACUGUGCCUGCCAAGACUCGGAGGAUCUACGGCACUUUGCCUAUAUAACCAAGGAGCAGGACCUGCACUACUGCCAUGUUUUCCUGGUCGCAAGCACAGAUCUGGCCAGCGAGAUUAUCCUGACUCUAGGGCAGGCCUUCGAGGUGGCCUAUCAACUGGCACUGCGCGAUGGAAUCUCCACCACGCCGGCUCUUCUCCUGGACAAUGGAAUGCUGCAGGGCGAGUAUUGUGGCGGGAAAUAGAGCCAGGACCUGGCCCCAGGAAAGUCAACACCGCCGACACCACCGGCACCACUCAGGCCAGGUCACAGUCUCAGUCGCAGUCACAGUCAGAGUCGCAGUCACAGUCGAAGUCGCAGCCUAUGCGCCAAACUAUUUUGCCUCACCAACUAUGGGGCUCUGUUCAAGUUGUAGUUAGAGGGAUUUUUUGUAUGGCAACUAGUAGUUUGUAGUCCUUGCGCAUUUGACUUUUAUACGAGAGCGGGAAAGGGAGUUUUUUCGAAUCAUUUAACUAUUCGUAUGGCCAAAGAACAAACUACAAACGAAACGAAACGAACAAAAAGACUCACAAUCAACAAAAGGCACAAUUUUUUCCAUUUAAGAGAAAUGCACCAAAACAAAUAUGAAGGCUUUAUUAGAGCUUCACAACUUCCAAAUAUAACAGAAAGCUUUCCUUUCCAAUCGACUUUAUUAUUAGAUCAUUUUGCAAAGAACAAUUAUCAUUAGACCAUUUUGCAGGGGUAACAAUUGCAUCCCUAUUCCAAAAAGAACAUAUUGAGGUAUUGCAUUUAUGGGGUAAACAAACAAUUAAGCUUGACGGUAUAAAACAAUAGUAAAUGAAAAUGUUUUAGCAAAUUUUAACAGAUAAACAAAUGAGGGAGGAAAAUCAUGUUUGGCGUACGAGCGAAGAAAUUAAAAAUAUAUUGGCUUAUUAAACAAUUUUAUUAAUGUUGAAUGCUAAUGGCAAAGAAUUGAAUUGAAAUGAUAAAGAAAGAGCAAUGCAAAAUCAUAUCCCGCAUUCACGAAGAUCUAUAACCUAUUGGCUAAUCACAUUUACUAUAUAUUAUACAUAUAUACAUACGACUAACUCUAAUAUUGAUAUGUAUGCGUGUUGUUAUAUAAUUUUUAAUUGAAUAUUUAAGCGAAUCGAAUCAAAUCAAAGGACAGACAACGCAUCAAGUUAUAAGCAAGUUAAUGCUUACAAAAUCGUAAAAAUGAAAAUGACUGCAUCGAUGUGACGAGUCAGCCGCAUUUUAAAUAUGUUUUUUCGAGAAUACUUUACGAAUUUUUAAGAAAAACUUUUAACUAGUCCCUUAGUUGUUACGUAAGCAUUUAUCAAAUCACAUGUGUUUUUGCAUUCAUUCGAUUGUAAAAUGUUUUUCGUUUGAGGCCAGGCCUUGUUGUUAAAGCUUUCAUUUUGACUUGGUUUACGUAGAAUUGUAUUACUUUGAAUCUAGACUUUAAACCUUCUCUAUCGAUGUAUGCGAACGCUUUAAAUGUUAUCCUGCUUGUGGUACAACAGAUUCCAUUAAGUACCUACCUACUCAAUACAAAAUCGAAGAUAAUUACAAAUAAAACUCAUCUUAAUCCA